CGUAAAUCCAUAUUAUAGAUAUUAUACCCCUUAAACCAACAUCGCCAGACCUACUCGUCUUCUAAAAUCUUCAUAAUCUCUUCAACAUUAUUAAAGUAAUAGGCAUCGAUUCUAUAUUCAUGUCAAGAAUUACAUUCAUAGUGGAAGUGCUAGCACUACUGAUUUAUGGAUUCAGAGGUAUUUGUGUAUUUAGGGAUAAAGGAAUCAAUUUUUCAAUAACGCGACUGUUUGAAGAUUGCGGUUUGGACUUUUUUCCUAAUCCUUUUUUUUCUUCGGGUCUAUUUUCAUUAUUUAAUUCAUCAAGACACACACUUCUACCAGCUACAACAUUUAAUUUCUUUUUCUUCUUUGGUUCAGUAAUAUCCAAGUAGUAAGUUCCAUAUCGCAUUUCUUUUAAAUACAUCACAAAUGACUCAUUCACAGCAUCUUCUGCAGUCUUAUUUAUUUCGGCAUUUGGAAGGCGAGAUAUGACUUCUUCACUAUUUAAAGGAACAAUACCAGUUUUUUUAAAGCCAGCAGUAACCAGUAAGUUCCAUAUCGCAUUUCUUUUAAAUACUUCACAAAUGACUCAUUCACAGCAUCUUCUGCAGUCUUAUUUAUUUCGGCAUUUGGAAGGCGAGAUAUGACUUCUUCACUAUUUAAAGGAACAAUACCAGUUUUUUUAAAACCAGACCGUAUAUUGGAUGUAGCGUUAAUAUUUAGCUGAUUCAUCAAUAGCUUCAAAAGGCGAGGAAAACAUCCUUUUGGAAUGGAGCUUAAAUUCCGUCCAUCAGUUUCUUUCCACUUCUGCAAAAUACUCCGCCAUUCCUGUUUCAUAGGUCGGAAGAAAGCCACAUCUAGCGGUUGGGUUAAAUGUGUGGAGUUUGGUGGCAAAACACAAAGUGUAUGUCCUUUUCAUUACACAGAUCUAUUAAAUGCACUGAAAGAUGAGAUGAUAAGUUGUCACCUAUAAGAAGUUUUUACCGGUUUUUUUGUCAAAAUAUGGAAUAAUGACAUUUUUGAUCCAAUCACUAAAGAUAUCUCCAUCAAACCAGCCAGAUUUCGACCUGUUAUAGCAGGUUCCUUUUGGGCCAUUUUGUAUCCAAGUAUCGUAAAGGUAGGUUGACUUAUACACUACAUAAGGCACCAAUACUUCUCCUUCAGCGUUUGCUGCAAUCAUCAAAGACGUACACCCUUUUCAAAAAUUCCGGACCCAUUCUGGAUACUUACUUCCGCGCCGAACGAUGACUUUUGGUCGCCCAGGGUCAUCUGAUAAAUUUUUUUCAUCGUAGUUGACUAUGUUAGAGUGAGGUACGUCUUCAAGUGACUUUUCUAGUUCUGCAAAAUAGGUUCUCAUAAUUUCAGGUGACACUUCUGCUCUCGAACGUUUCAUGUUUUGAGAUAUCCGCUAUGAUAUUUUGUCACUAUGUCGUUUCAGGAAGCUCUCAACAAAAUCAGACCCUGGAUAGUUGUUUUUAAACCUUUUCACAGUAAUGUUUGAUGUAUCAAGAUACAUUUUAACGAUAUAUCGUAAAUCGUUUUGAUCCAGCGGAUAACCCCAGAGGGUCUCACAGUGAGGUUUGGUGGUGAUGCUGAGCCCCAACUUAUUGGUGAUAGUGAUGGUGAUGGGAGUGUUGGGACAGCUUAUAUUGUGCCAGCUGAUCAUCCAAUGCUAUUGAUUGACACUCCAUUGCCUGUGGAAAAUCCUACGCCGUCCAUGGAUUAUACAUCUGUGUCCAUGGGCAAUGAAGUGCCAGCCAAUGGCAUUGGGGAUGAGUUGGUGUCGCUGGGUACGCCCAAUAUCCAUUCCAUUGAAAAAUGGAAUUUCAAAACUAGUGGUGGUGUUAAGCGGAAGCUACUGAAGCCAGACAACGGGUGUCAAGCUCGAAACAAGGCAUUGGCAGAGUACUAUAACAUUAAAAAACAAAUGUUAGAAACUAAAAUGAGAGAGAAGAAUGAAACUUUAUUAUUACAGAAUAAAAACUUAACGCUAGUAAAUGAAAAAUUAGAGUUAGAAAAUGAAAAAUUAAAAUUAGAAAUAAGGAAGCUGAAGGGUGAGGAUUUUUAA